AUGGUAGUCUCCACACUUAACAUCACACUUGAUAAUAACGCAGCGCCGUCGGUGUUAAUGCCAGAAACUAUUGUUGCUGCAUCGGCUGGAGCAGCGGCCACAACAACAACUACAAUAACAACAGCAACAAGUGCCAAUGGAAAUAAAGUGAACACAAAUUUCAACAAUAAUUAUCAAAAGCACAUAAGCAAUUAUAACAACAACAACAACAACAACAACAACAAUCACACUAAUGAUGAUUUGCUUUUGAAUUAUAUGAAAAGUGUUAAUGCUGCGAAUAGUGCGAAUGCGAAUCAACAGCAGCAACAGCCACAAACUGAACUAAAUUCUUCCUUUUCGCAAAGUGGCUCACCAAUCAAUUUAUCGUUUCGUUUACAACAACAACAGGAACAGUUACGGAGGCGAAGGGAAGAAGAGGAGCGAAUUGCGCAGCAAAAUGAAUUUCUGCGUGCAAGUUUACGUGGUUCACGUAAACUGAAGGCCUUACAGGAUAACAAAGCCGUGGCGCAGCAACAACAAACUGUGGCUGUGGAACGAGUCAGUGGUGUAGAAAAUGAAGCCUACAUGGAAGAUGAAGAAGCGGAAAAAAUUAAUGGGUAUGGCGAACUUUUAAGUGCACUAACAAGACUCCAGGGUCAGCUCUCCAAAAAUGGUAUGUCAACACUUGCUGGUCGAGUGUCGACAGCCCACAAUAUUUUGGCCGGUUCUGGUGUGGCGCAUGCUUUGGCAGCACGUACAGCAGUACUACAACGUCGUAGACCACGUGUUGCUAAUCCAGUGAGUACUGGAGCCAUUGAUUUGCAAAAGGAUAUCGUAGAGUUUCUAGCUCAAUCGAAUUCACCAACGGCCAUAGAGUUAGGAAAUUUGUUAACCAGUUAUGAAAUGGAAGGACUCUUAUUAGCGCAUGAUCGUGUAGCCACAUUAACAGAUGCAACGCCUUCACCGCUAUUAAGCGGUACAGGUAGUCCGCAAAUAACCGCAGCGACUGCAGUAACAGCGUCACUACCAAAACCAGCAAUUGUACGUGGCACAGCAGUAGCUCCACCGGUAGUGCCACCACCAAUGGCGCAACGUAGUGCCAUGCCUUUACCACAAAACAUCACAAAUCAACUUCCAGCAGGUUAUAUGAAGACCUCCUCAAUGCGACCUGACUCACCGCCACUAAGUGCCUGUUUUGGCACGCUAAACGAUCAAAACGAUACAACCAAUAUACGGAUUAUACAAAUCGAAAAGUCAACAGAACCACUCGGUGCCACAGUGCGUAAUGAAGGUGAGGCAGUGGUUAUUGGACGUAUAGUACGCGGUGGUGCCGCUGAAAAAUCUGGUCUACUGCAUGAAGGUGAUGAAAUACUCGAAGUAAAUGGUCAAGAAUUGCGUGGCAAAACAGUGAACGAAGUGUGUGCACUACUGGGCGCUAUGCAAGGAACACUUACUUUCUUGAUUGUACCAGCUGGUAGUCCACCACCUGUUCGAUAUAAAUCAAAUAGCAGUAAAAAAAAGCUAUCCUAA